UUAGAACAGCAUAUAAUAAUAUAAACGAACUGACGUUAAACCCGUCAACCGCAAUUUGCAAUUUACAAAGCUUAAUACCAUUUAUAGAGUAAAGCGGGCUAGUCCGAUGCAACCCAAAACCCUAAGCAAUUUUUGACGUUGCCCGUGUAUUAUGCAUAUUGAAUUGAAAGCCGCUCGGUUCAUGAAAUUGUGUUGAUGCGUAUAUAUGGAUCUUUAAAUUCGAUAAAGCCAACCGAUGAGCCACAGGGCUGGCGCUUAAUUUGCGAAGGAUUACGAGUUUGUCAACGCAUCUAAAAAUAUCGGAUUGAACCAAAGGAGAUAACUGAUUAUGUAAAUCAAGCAUCUCCAGUUGACUUAUGCCCUGUCAUGAAACACCUUGGAUUAACGGAAAACUAAAAUGGCAUCUAAUAAACUCGUUGUAACUUGUUUGUAACAACUGAUGGACAAAGUGAGGAUAGGAAAACCGAUUCGUGAUAUAUAAUUCGGGGUAUACUACUACUACGAUUUAUGAUUGACCUACCGAAUAUGAACUUGUUGAUAACGACGGAAGAUUUUUAUUGAGUUGCUGGAAAGUAUUAUUUUAUUACCAUCGCAGAUCCUUAACUAUUGCGCGAUUAUCUCGUAAAGGAUUCUGCUUCCAUUAAAAUAUUACGUUACCCCAGGCCGCCGUUAAUGGCUCCCUAAACCCCCAUCGCUGAAAAUACAAAAUCGUUUAAAAUAUAUCAAGGCGAGAGGUUUCGAUUAGAAUCGGGGUCUACCAAAUGAGGUGCAUCCCAGAUAAAUCCGAAAAGGGGAGCUGAUAAUAAAUACACUUUUAAAGGUCCCGUAAUAGAGACAAAAAGACGAAUGAGGCUCCGCCAUCCCUGACCUCUCAGUGGGUUGUUUUAUUGGUCGGAUGAAAAAUUUAUCAAGGAAAUUACAAAAAGGGACCUGCGUAAGUGUGGGAAGAAAAAGAAUUGAAAAAUUUGUAGAUUUCAAUAAAGUUAUUCGAUAAUUCCAAUCGAGAAAUAAACUAGGAUCAAUUUCCACAUUCCAGUUCAGCAUGUUUAACGAAAUGUACAACACAUUAACAAUCUAUUUAUCAUUCAGAAUGCCGAGCCAAUCUACCGCCAGUUUUUACGAUGGACAUGAACAAUAUAGUUAUAUCAGAAAACAUACCGGUGGGUACAACUAUUUAUAAAUUAGAGGGAACUGAUCCUGAAGAUGGUCCGGUAUACUACGACAUACAAGGCACUGACGUACUCAGCGUCAAUCAUACCACGGGAGUUGUCACAGUUCUUAAACCUCUAGAUUAUGAGGCGAAUUCCACUUUAAACGUAAUCGUUAGCAUAGAAGAUGAGGUGCCUGGGGGUGUUAAAAAUAACGUAGUAGAAGAACAAGUGGCGGUUAUCAUCCUCGACGAGAAUGACAACACCCCAGAAUUUCAAAAUGCACCCUACGAGAUACAAGUGGAUGAAGAUACAGAACCUGGCACAACAAUAUUCGAAGGAAUCGUAGUGAAAGAUAAAGACACCGCAGGUCAAAAUAUUGAAGUAACUUGUAUCAACAUCCCGUCAUACGACGAUGCGUGUGAUACUUUUCGUAUCCAGGAUAUGUUCUCUAAACAAAAUUCUUAUCAAGGAUCAAUAAUUCUUAACAAAAAGUUGUCUUAUAAUGAAAACAAGGCAUACGCUUUCACCCUCAAAGCAACGGACGGUACGCUCACAUCUACGACGAAUGUGUCUGUCCUAGUGGGAGAUGUCCAAGACACCCCUCCCAUGUUUUUGAGCAACCUAACAGCUGAUUUGUACGAAAAUUCCACGAUUAAUACACUAGUAAUGACUGUAAAAGCUCAAGAUGGCGAUAGAGGAAUUCCCAGAGGAAUAGUUUACGAACUGAUUAGUAAUCCAAUGGACUACUUUAUCUUAGAUCCUAUGAGUGGCGAAUUGCGCACCGCAAGACCCUUAGAUAAAGAGGCAAUAAACAAUCCCGAGGGUAUAAUUAAAUUCGAAAUAAAAGCUCACGAACUAGUUGACGGCGUUAGAGGCAAUGAUCCGCUGACCGUAACGACAGCGGAGGCCAUGGUCAAAAUCCUCGAUAUCAAUGACGAACCGCCCAUAUUCAAUAAACGGGAAUAUUAUGUUGAAAUUCCAGAAAACAUUCCGGAAGGUUCAGGAUUGCCCGGUUUAAAUAUGGUAGUUACUGAUCCUGACGAGGGCAACAAUUCGGUGUUUUCCUUGGAGCUCAACGACAUAUCGGGAGCAUUUUCAAUCGAACCGAAGAUUGCCAAUGGUUCAACACCGGCAACGGUACGCGUCAUCAAUAGCCUUUUAGACUACGAGGAUCCAAAUCAAAGAAAAUUCAUAAUUUUGGCGGUAGCCAAAGAAAUAUACACGGAAGAAAAGUUAUCGUCUACCGCUACCAUAACAGUUUCGGUGAUGGACGUUAACGACAAUGUACCAACGUUCGAUCAACAAAGUUAUAGUGCUACAGUGUCGGAGAUGUAUUCGCCGGGAAGUUUGGUAGUCACAAUUGUGGCGAAAGAUCGCGACAGUGGCAAGUUUGGCGAAAGCGGUUUAGUGUACAGUUUGACGGGCGACGGUUCGGAUAAGUUUUCUGUAAACAACCGGACAGGAACUGUAACUGUGGACGUUUGCACCAAUUUGGGUAAACCUGAAUGCCUAGACUAUGAGAGCAAAUCUGAAUAUCACCUGCAAUUUGUGGCAACGGACGACGACGGCAAAGGGCAGGCGACGUCGGUCCCUUUGAAAAUAUCAUUGACCGACUAUAACGACAAUCCGCCGAUUUUCAACAAAUCGAUUUACCGAGUGUUUGUAAACGAAGGAGCCACACGUUUUGAGCCAGACCUCGUCAUAGAGGCCAGAGAUGCAGAUAAAACUUCGCACGUUACGUAUUCAAUCGUCUCGGGUAACGACGAGGAAUUAUUCAAGAUCGAUUCGGAAACCGGCAAACUGAGAAUCACUAACAACAGGGGUUUGGACGUUAGUAACGACACGGACAACGUUAUUUCGCUGACGAUUUUGGCAACAGACGGUGAAUAUACCACCACAACUCUCGUCAACAUCACUGUAUUAGACAUCAAUAAUAAUGCUCCUAUAUUUUCAAAAGAGAGUUACGUUGAAGCUGUACCCGAAGACGUACCCAUAGGAAUUAGCAUUCUUGAGGUUCAAGCCGCUGAUGCAGACACCGGCGUUAACGCGGAAAUAGAAUACUUCUUUCAAAAAGGCGCUUACGAUGAUUUCACCAUAGACAGCACCUCGGGAGUAGUAACGGUAGCUUCUAAGCUAGAUUUUGACAGAAGAAACACGUACAAUAUAGAAGUGUGCGCCGUUGAUCACGGGGAGCCAUCAUUAACUGGAACCGCUAGUAUUACCAUAACGAUAAUAAACACAAAUGAUAAACUGCCUUAUUUUGUACCAACGACACAAAAGGCGGAAGUUAUGGAAGAUGUUCCUGUGGGAGCAAUCGUUCACACUUUGAUAGCGCUUGAUCCAGACGUCAACGCUUCGGAAGCACUGAACUUUGAAGCUUCUCAGCCAAUCACGGCUCUCGAUAAACACGGCAAUGCCGUCUUCUUCUCGAACGCGUACGAACAGUUUUUCUCCAUUGAUAAAAUUUCCGGUCAAGUCACGGUAGCUAAUCCCCUACAACGUGAUAUUGCGGCUAUAGUAAGGAUUCCGAUAUUGGUCACGGAUAUUACGGCCUCUACAAUGCAACAAGGUCAGGGGCUCUUGGAGAUUACAAUUUUAGAUAUCAACGACAGUCCACCGAGCUUUCUACCACCUUGGACCGUCGAGAAUCCAGUUUAUUAUCUAGAACUUAAGGAGGAAUUACCAGUUGGAACCAUAGUGGCCACUUACAAAGCUAUAGAUGAAGACUCGGAUAUUGCCGGAUAUACUAUACAACCUAACAGCGAAUAUUUUCAGAUUAAUAAUGGAACCGGUAUAGUACAAAUUAAAAAGGUCAUAGACUACGAGAAGAUCAAAAAGUUGAAUUUUACGGUCGUAGCUUUCGACAGCGGUAUUCCUCAGUUAAAUACAACAGCCACGGUGAUGGUGAACGUCGUUAAUCUCAACGAUAACGAUCCUAUAUUCGCACAGAAUUCUUACAAUGUGUCGAUAGACGAAAACUCCCCAAAUGGCACUUUUGUGUUACAAGUGAAGGCUUUAGACAAUGAUUCCGAAGAAUACGGGGAAGUAAUCUACAGUUUAACCGGUGAACACAGUAAUGAUUUCAAUAUUGACGCGAAAACUGGCAUUAUCACCGUGGCAAACUCGAAUCUGUUGGACCACGAGCUUAUCAAACAGUGUGUGGUACAAGUGGUUGCCCGUGAUAAUUCCCCAGUCAACGUGCGGCGUUCUAUGACGGUUCCUGUUUAUAUAAAGAUCAACGACGUGAACGAUAAUGUGCCAAAAUUCACCUCUCAAGAGUACGAAGUUGACGUGAUGGAAGAUGUGAGGCUGAAUCCCCCUGUGCCUCUUAUCCACUUAAACGCGACUGAUCUGGACUCGGGACUCAACGGAAAUAUCCACUACAGCAUAAUCGGUGGAAAUGAAAACGAUUUAUUCCUCUUGGGUGUGGAUACAGGAAUAUUGUAUCCGCACAAAUCACUGAUAGGCCGUACUGGGAAGUUCCACUUAGUAGUGGAGGCAAGAGACGGUGCAGGAAACGGGGAACUGUUCGAUCGAGCGACGUUGAAAGUUAAUGUACUAAACGUUAACGACCACAGACCAGUCUUUAUUAUACCCUAUAACCCGAAUUCUACCGUAGACGUCUUGGAGAAUGCUGCACAGACGGGAUUUUUAGUGUUAACCGUUAAGGCCAAAGAUAAAGAUCAGGGUGAAAACGGCAGAGUCACUUACCAUUUUAAAUCGGGCGAACAGAAUGUUCAGGAAACAGACGAAUUUUCGAUUAACGAGAAAACUGGCGAAUUGAAAGUGAAAAGAAAUUUGGACCGGGAGGAACAUCCGAAAUACGAAUUGGUGUUGGUGGCGAGAGACCAUGGAUCUCCGAAAUGGUUCGAAACGACAAGACAUCUAACUGUUCUUCUGGUUGAUGAGAAUGACAACAGACCCGAAUUUCCGGGAUCUACUUCAACUAAUCCGUACCACUUCUUUGUAACCGAAAACAAUUCUGCCGACGUUUUAAUAGGUCAAGUAAGGGCCCUCGACAGAGACGAAGGCAAUCACGCCAAAGUCUACUACUAUAUUCUAAAGGGUAACGAGGACGGCUCGUUCAAUCUUAAUAAGGCAACUGGCAAUCUUUACGCUGCCAAAUCCUUUGACCGAGAACUACAGAAUGAAUACAGUUUGGUAAUAGUAGCUAACAACGAUCCAGAUUACUACGUUACUGCCGAAGAGAUAAGCGAAAUGGAGGAAAAAGGAAUGCUAAACGACAAAAGCAUAGCCCACGCGAUAGUAACCAUAAACGACGUCAAUGACAACGAGCCUUAUUUCCAACACCAGGUAUAUUACACAGCUGUCAACGCCAUGGCAAACGUCAACGAUUUCGUUACCAACGUCACGGCGUACGAUCCUGACCUUGGCGUGAACGGGUCGUUGACUUAUUACAUAAAAACCUCGAAUUUGUUCAAAUACCAUUCGAAUAAAAGUUCGGGAUCGAUUAUUCCAUCGCCAUUCAACAUUAGCCAAAGGGGAGAAAUAUACACUGCCACUUAUUUGGCAGAAAAUAAUCAGCAUAGGUUCGUCCUCAAUAUUAUCGCCAGGGAAGACGGUUUUCCAGAAAGAGAAGCAAACGCGCAAGUUUACGUUUGGAUUUUUGAGCCUGAGCAGUUAAUCCGCGUCAUUCUGUCAAGACCAAGAGAAGAAGUCAGAAAAGAAAAAGACGGAAUCGUUUCGGAACUGAGUAAUGCGACUCAGAGUCUAAUAAUAAUCGACGAAAUCAGAUUCCAUAUUGGCGACGGAGGAAGGAAAAACGAGGAAUGGACGGACAUGUACAUCUUAGCAGUCAAUCCGAAAACGAACACCAUCCUGGCAGUGCCGGACGUACUUAAAGUGAUUGAUUCGAAGUAUGAUUUUCUCAAAGACUACUAUGCCGGAUUUGCAAUAGAGAACGUUGUACCUGCGUUCGUUCAGGAGCGCGAAGAAUCAUUCGAUCCUGCCUUAGCGGCGUUAAUAGCCUUAUUAAUAGUCCUGUUUGUUGGCGUACUGUCGUUUAUAAUCGUGUGUUGCUGCUUGAGGCACUGGGUCAUCUCUCCCCACGACGACCUGAAGAAAAAGGACGCUCUCAUAAAGAAGGCCAUCAUAGACGAUUUAACCACAACCGAAAAUCCGUUGUGGAUAGAACAGAAACUUAAAAUUUAUGAGGAACAGGAACUCACUAUGCAGGUUUUUAACGAACCAGAACAGAACAUGAUGAAUAGGAGAGAUAGCGAAGAUUAUGUGCCGGAGGACAAUACUUACGCGACCAUUCAGCAUCCGCACAAGAGGACUGCGUCCUCACAUUUAGCCUCGACAAUGGGGCUAGCGGAUGAUUUGGGGGAUUACGCUACAUUGAAAGGGGUUGUUCAUCAGUCGGGUAGCAAUAACAGCUCUUUGAGGGGAGCCCCAAAUUACUAUGAAGCAGCUACAAUGGGUUUCCAAGGUUCGACGUUUCAAGUUCCCGACCGAUUGAGCGACAGCGGCGGAGGUGGGAGUGAAUACGGUUCAUACCGGGCACGACCAAAAAGUACGACGGGUCUCACGAUCGGUUACGAUGGUCAGCCCGAAUAUGUUGCCGAACUGAUUUAAA